AUGACAACUGAUAACGAUUGCGAAAAAAUUCGUUAUGUGAUAAUUGACGAAAAUUUGGAAAAUGGUGAAAGAUCCGAUAGCUACUCAUUUACAGUGUCUGGAUCGACAGUAUAUCAUCAAAAUAUAUUAUCACCGCAACACCAUCAUCGUCAUCUUCAACAACAGCAACAAGAACAACAAAUGCUUAGAUACGAUUGUGCCCUUCAAAAUGAGUCAUCAACCUCAACAUGGGUGGAUAAUUCAUACAGUAUGCCGGUUUCAAAUAAUACACACUAUUUGGCAAGAUGUAGCGUUUGUGAUGCUCUGUUUGAUUUGGCGGAAUAUUUGAACCAUACCAAAAAUUGUAGACUAGAAAAGUCCUACAAAUGUGACAUAUGUGGUAAAGAAUAUAAUAAGGAGCAUAAUUUAAAGCUGCACCAUCUUGGUCAACACGAUAAGGCUGUGGUUGAAAAUGAGAAGUACAUAUGUUCAUUCUGUCCAAAGAAGUAUGCUCGAUUAGCCGCUUAUUAUGCACACCUUCAAAUCCACGGCUUGAACGAUUCUCUUAUAUGUACAUUUUGUAAAGAAGAAUUUGAUUUUCAGGUACUUUUAAACAAACACUUGCGCUUACAACAUUGCUAUCCUCGCUUGGAAGAUAUCACUACUGUUGAAAUAUGCAAGAAAUGUGGGAUUGCUAUUUUCAACAAAGAAGCAAUGGAUGAACACAAACAAAUCCAUCGGAAAAUAAAGUAA